AUGGCAAGCGUCCGAAACGAUGCGCUGCACAAGCGCGUUGUGGAGGGCAGCUACAAUUUCUACGACAAUCAUCAGGGGUGCGGAACCGCCGCAGACAAGGCUCUGGCUGCGCGGUUAGGCGGCCACAGCUACAACAUCCUCAGCAACAAAGAUAAGGAUGAGAUCUACUUCCGAAAUCUGCGCCACGACGAACAUUACAUUGACAAGAAAGGUCGCCAUACAGCUGGCUUCUUUGGGGCGAGGCGCCGAAAGUUUGCGCCGGAUGAGCGUCAGCACAUCAGAGAGUGCAUGACGCUGCAGGAUGCUCAUCCGCGCGAGAAGUUCUUGCCGCAGCGGAGGACCGAGAUCCAGUUGGCACAGAUCGAGAAUAGCGAGUCCUACCAAGGCUUCAAGGCACGAACGGCCUCCCUCUUUGACGAUACCAUCCCGAAGCGCUACUCCAUCAGCAAUUCGAGGUAUGCGCACGAGCAGGCGAAGCUGAAGGUCAAAUCCGCCGGUAAGGCCGAAUUCAUGGCUCGACGUGGCGAGAGAGCGACGCACAGCAUCUCCUGCCCCAGCCUCCACCUCACCGCGCCGGAGCAGUCGCUCGAUCGGUCCAUGCGGGGCGAUGCCCGGAAAGAGGUCUCGCAGCUCCAAACCGAAAGUGCGCAUUUCGCACCCUGGAUGUCCUACAACACUCUUUCGGGGUCCAUCGACGGAACAGCUGCAGGCCGCGCGCAUGCCGCCGCCCAGAAGCACCUGUCUGUAAGCCGCCUGGAGAACUUCGACUUUGGCGUUGCAAAGGGGAACAACCACUAUUCGGCGGUGGAUAAGCUGACGCGGGCCGAUCCUUUCUACAUGCGACCACGCGUAGGCGACACCCAGAACUCAGUGAAGUACGACAUCAUCACAAAUGAACGGCAGCUUGGAAGGAAGUAUAAUGGUAACUGUGGCCACCAAAUCAUACGAGUCUUGCGGUUACUCCUGUGUUUGGUUACCUCUCUUUUGAAACAUUCCGUUUUUUAG